CUGGCCUUGAAAAACGAAGCAGCCCAGCAGAUUCUGUGUGUUAAGCUUUGUUUUGCUGCUCUCCUCCUCACCUCCGUGUUUGGAGCCUUGCUCUGAGCAAAACUACAAAUACGGAAGAAAGAAGUGUGAAGGACAGAAAAGAUGUUGGUGCUGUCUAACGACACAGCCCUGAAUUCUCUCCUCUCCAAGCUGCUUCAAGACUACCUGGAGCAGACAAAUAGCUCUGCACCUUCCCAGGUCAGAAGUGCUGGCAGCAACCUGGAAAUCAUCUACGUGCUGCUGAUGGUUGGCCUCUUCGGCUUCUUCACAGUGGGAGUCAUGCUGACCAACAUCCGUGCUAGGAAGCUGGAGGACUCCCGUGACCCCUACAACACCUACAUUGCCACAGACAUUUGGCACAAGAAGGACAGGGAGUAUUUUCAAGCCAAGCUCAUAGAAAAUUACAAGCUGUGCUGUGUCUUUGAAAACCAGCAGGCCGUGGAGCAACCAAACAUGCAGAUUCCUGAAGCAAAGUCUUCCUAGCAA